AUGGUAGAUGAUUGGUUGGCGAAUCGUGACUCGUUAGGUCUAGGCUCAGAGGCCGGCAGCAGGAAGGGAGUCAAGGCAGAAGAGGAGAGAGAAGGCUAUGAAAAGGCGGUUGAGGUAUAUUGCCUACAUGUCUUGCCGCGCCUGAGCGAAUGGGAUAUGCAAAAGAAUUUCUGGAAUCCGAGCUGGAAAUGCGACCUAGCAAACGCCAGGCAAGAACUCAUAGCCACUUUAGCUGCGCACUAUGCCCAGUCAUUGCUUCCUCCAAGUCCACACGGCGGUCGGUUGCAGAACCUAGACAAUUCAGUCUCUGGUAGUUCUGAGGCUCCCACCCCUCGAGCAGUUUCUCCAGCACCGUCCAGCGUUUCAUCUCAUACCGCCAUCCCCAACUCGCGCUCGGUUGCUACAUUGAGGGCCUCCCAAGUACUCCCUUCGCCAUUAUCUCCUUCACCUACUCCAACGGGCCGCCAGUGGCAAUCUACCAAUAGGACGUCAAGUCGUAUUCCAACUUCCCUUGCUGUUCCUCCGCCAGCACCUGCUUUGGCGCCGCAGCCGGCCUCACCCGCACAGCCUACUAUUCUCCAGUUGCUGAAAGCCGUGGUUGUUCCGUACCUUAGGAGGGUCAAUGCACCUGUGUUGGUGUUGGCCGUUGUACUCUCGCUUAUUGGACUUGCCAGUCGUUUCAGUCGAAGACCCAAGGGCGGAAGUGGCGCCGAUAUGGCCAGGCGUCGAUUGGCGGGUAACUCUGGAGGGAUAUGGGCCGGGUUGGUCGAUGCGAUCAAGAUGAGCGGUCGUGGUUUAGUAUAA